CCGAAACCUUCAUCACCAGCCCCUGAGGCUAACCGUAAUCGCUCAUGUCUUCCUCCGACUCUACACCACAAGCUUCCGACGCGAUACUUGAGGUGAAUCCGUACGAAGGCGACAAGAGGCUCUCACAUGUCGAGGCCGAGGUCCUCUGGGAGUACGCGAAGCUCGCACACCACGUCAAGGAUCUGACUAGUACGGCUCGCCGACUCACCGAAGGACCCGAUGCGCAGCUGCUCGCAAAGCUGAGGGUGCUCGAGUCUAAGAUCGGUCUGGUGUUCACCCUCUUGAGAGCGUCAGUAUGGGGCGUGAUCAACGAGCAGGCUCCGCUUGAUGCCGACGCGGACCAGGACCAGGACGUGGACGCAGACCUGGAUGUGACCGCCCGAUACGCAGACUCGUCCGCCGAUACGACCAUUCGACGGUGACGCAGCGAAGAAACGACGCGCUUUCCUUCCCUCCUUCCUUCAUUCCGAGCGGCGCACUUCGGCCCUGGUCCUUUGUAGCAUCAUCUACCCACUAUACCAUGCUCUGGUCCUCUGUAUCAAUAUGCUAAUGAACAUUGACGAUCGCGGUUUCUCGCUUCAUCGGAUGCACAGCGCAGGAGAAGAAGUCUAAUAUGCAUGUGUAUCCAGAUGCGUAUGCGUAUGGCCGUACGUCGGGCGCUUAUCUGUCAAGCUCGCACAUGCUCGGCGAAGUUGCCUUUAAACGACAUAUGUUCGUGACUCAUUCGGAGGGCCUGUACUUAAGGCCUGUGGGGCGGACGGCCUUGUGACUCGACUCGCUCUUACUCCAUGUCGUCCCCUGCUAACAAGUUUCUCUCAAGCCCCAAGACUGUCGCCAUCGUCGGUUGUCCUUUCGGAGGGGGCGGGAUACCGACUAAAGCUGGUGUCGAUAAAGGUCCGAGCCACAUUGUUGACGCAGGUCUCGUCACCCAGCUUGAGGAGCUUGGUUGGAAGGUGGAGUUUGAUGGGCACCAGCGCUUCGAGUCGCUGGUUCCAGAGAACGAUCCGCCUAUCGGCAAACUGAAGAAUCCGCGGACGGUCUCAGCCGUGUGCGAGUCCGUGGCAAAGGUCGUGGGAGGGCACGCCAGAGCUGGACGGCUGCCUGUCUCGCUCGGAGGCGAUCAUUCUCUUGCCAUGGGUACCAUAUCUGGAACUCUGGAUGCUUACCCCGAUGCGUGUGUCAUCUAUGUCGACGCUCACACAGACAUCAACACAGUCGCCACCACCGACAGCGGAAACAUGCACGGCAUGCCCGUCUCCUUCCUCAUGGGCCUCAGCAGCGGGGUCGAUGCGUUCGCGUGGCUGAAGGGCGCCUUGCGUCCCGAGCGGAUGGUGUACAUCGGCCUGCGCGAUCUCGACGCGAGCGAGAAGCGGAUCCUGCGCGAGAACAGCAUCAGGGCGUUCAGCAUGCGCGACGUCGACAGGCACGGUAUCUGCCGCGUCGUCGGCAUGGCGCUCGACCGCGUCAAUCCGGACAGGGACAGGCCGAUCCACCUCAGCUUCGACAUCGAUGCGCUCGAUCCGUCUGUGGCGCCUUCGACGGUUUUGCCGGUUCAAGGUGGUCUUACUUUCCGUGAAGGACAUAGCGUAUGUGACGCGAUUCACGAGACAGGCCUGUUGGUAGCCCUUGACUUGGUGGAGGUGAAUCCUUCCAUCGGGGAUGUUAAAGACGUGCAACAGACGGUUAGAGUCGCAUGCUCGCUGAUACGCACCGCUCUUGGCGAGACUCUAGUGUGAUGUAGCGCAACACAGUAAAAUCUUUGUACUUCUAGACACGGUAUCUGAUGAUCGAUGUUGUUCAGAUUUAUUCUUUUGGUGACGCCCUUGAACACAAUUUUCUAAAGAUAGCGACAAAGUAGCUCCAGACCUUCAGAGCUCCACACAUCACGGAAUCAAUUGCGCGUCUCUUGAGACUGUCCUCAAGUGGAUAACCGAAUGCGCCUGUACUACAAUACCUUUCGGGACUGUACUACCUUGUGUGGGGUGGCGUGUUCGUCAUCUCCAGGCCUCAACACCACGACCGCACACCACACAUCCAUCGUGUCCUAUGACGACUUCAUGACUUAACUUGCUAGAGCAAGCCACGCAAGAACGUACACCACUCAUCAUGUCAUUAUCUACUAAUUCGUUCUCCGGACGUAAGACUGUCGCCAUUGUUGCGUGUCCGUUCAGGGGCGGAACGGCACAGACUGAACCUGGAAUCGAAGACGGCCCUGUCCAUCUGGUCGAAGCAGGUCUUGUCGGCCAGCUCGAGGGUCUCGGACACAAGGUACAUUACGAUGGGCAGAUUCAGCUUGAACCACUCGCAGAGGGUGGAGAUCCGCCGAUUGGCAAGAUCAAAGAACCGCGUUUCGCCGCUGCUGCUUGCAGGACUGUGGCGAGUAUUGCUGGAAGAUAUGCCAAGGCUGGGCAGAUUCCAGUUACGCUUGCUGGUGAUCACUCUCUAGCCAUAGGUACCAUAUCAGGAACACUGGAUGCUCACCCCAAUGCGUGUGUCAUCUGGGUGGACGCGCAAGCAGACAUCAACACGCUAGAAACCACUCAACGUGGCAACAUGAGCCGCAUGCCUGUCUCCUUCCUCAUGGGCAUCGGCGAGCACAUUGAAGAGUUUGAGUGGCUCAAAGGAGUGCUUCGUCCGGAACGUCUGGUCUACAUUGGCCUUCGCAACGUCGACGCGCCUGAAAUGCGAAUACUACGCGAGAACGGUAUCAAGGCUUUCAGCAUGCACGAUGUCAACGAACACGGGAUCCAUCGCGUCAUGGACAUGGCGCUCGACCAUGUUAACCGGGAACGGGACAGGCCAAUUCAUCUCAGCUUCGAUAUGAAUGCGCUCGAUCCGUCGGUAGCUCCAUCCACGAACUUGCCAGUUCAAGGCGGCCUCACGUACAGUGACGGGCACAGCAUUUGCGAGGCAAUCCAUAAGACCGGUCUUUUGGUGGCCCUUGACCUAGUUGAUGUGAACCCGUCCAUCGGAGAAGCCCAAGACGUGCAACAAACGGUCGAAGUCGGCUGCUCACUGAUACGGACCGCACUUGGAGAAAAACUGCUCUGAUUAUUGUACGUGAAGGCUUGAGAUCAGCGCCAACAUUUAUACCGUUGUUUCCAGCAUUACCGUAAAUUAAUAUAAUUCAUCUGUGACUUUGACGAUCAUCUACAAU